CGCCAAAACGACUUCACCGACUUCACCGACGUUUCACCGCCAUGCCACGUCAUGAAGCUCCGGCGCAGUGCUUCUCCUGCUCGAGAUCGAGAAGGCGACGAGGUCCCUGUGACCAAGUCGGUGCGCACCGUCUUCCAGCGGAAAUGUCCAGAGGAGUUAGCGCAGCGGAGGUCAAUGCUGGCAGACUUGGUUCGUCAAGCUGCGGAGAUGGAUGAAAGCAGGCCUUGGAAGGGCCAUGUCACCUCACCUUUCUUUGAUGGACGAGGCUCACCUCAAUCAGCUCGGAGGACAGUGGAUGGGCCGUUGCGCUUCUCAUCACAUUUUGAAUGUGGCAACCUGCUUUGUGCAAAGCUUGUGUGCACUUCAAAAGGCGCGCAGACCCCGGGCCCCGGUGCCACAGAGCUGGAGUAUGAGCUCCUUGUGGAUUCGGACACGCAAAGUGCCCAGGGCCACACUCAGUGGUUCUACUUUGCCAUCAGGAAUGGCCAGUUUUGCGGCACCGUGCACUUCCGCAUCCUGAAUUUGCGGAAGAAGAAAUCCUUGUACCAACAGGGUUUGCAGCCGUUUGUCUUCUCGCGGAAGAAACAUCGAACUUGGGAGUCGAAUUGCUGUCAGGGUGUUUACUAUGGCAAGAAGGAGAAGGGCCUGCGAGAUCUGUCAGGGAGUGAAGCUCGCGGCGAUGUCAUGCUCCAGUGGUCCUACCGUGUUGAUCGUAAGGAGGAUGAGAUCUAUUUUGCGGCUUAUCCACCCUACAGCUACAGCAUGAUGAGCAGUUUUAUCUCCUCGUUGGAGCAGGAUGCCGUUGCCAGGUGCCACUUCCGUCGGAGGGAACUCUGCCGGAGCAUCGGCCAAUUGCCGGUGCCGCUGCUCGUGGUCAGUGAGGGCCUGAAUGAGAAAGAAGGUGAGCAGCUCCCAAAGUAUGCUGUGGUGAUCACCGCUCGGCAACACCCCGGAGAAGUCGUGGGGUCGUGGGCGGUGCAAGGGCUCCUGCGGUUUUUGUUGGGUCCCACGCCAGCGGCGAAAUGUUUACGUGAAGAGUUUGUGUUUCAUGUGAUCCCCAUGGUGAAUGUGGAUGGUGUGGUCCACGGGAACUCCCGAUGCACUUUGGCCGGAGUCGACCCUAACCGAGUUUGGCACGAUCCGAAUCCUAUUCUGCACCCAGUGGUCUUUGCCUUGAAAAAUCACAUGCGAAGUCUUUCGCAGGGGCUUUCGUCCGUGAAGGGCAUUGAGAUGUUUCUGGAUUUGCACGGUCAUUCUGCUAAGUUUGGUUGCUUCUUUUACGGUUCCAACCCAUCAGCCCAUAUCUCCAACGCAGUGUUUCCCAAGCUUUGCUCCUUGAUCUCCACAGACAUUGACUUUGAGCAAUGCCAUUGGAGAUGUCCGAAGUCCCACCGGAAGACCGCUCGUUAUGUCGUCUACAAACAAUUCGGGGUGAAGUAUGCUUACACCAUUGAGUGCUCGCUCUACGCCCCGGUGCCCGAGACAGGAAUUCCUGGCCACUUCACCCCCUCUCGGGUGGAAUUCGUGGGCUGCGCCGUGGGCUGUGGCCUAGCGAUUUUCUUCCAAGUCGACGGAGAGGACCCGAUGAAGGUUUGUCGUCAAUGCUCAGAGACAGCUGCGCCAUGCGACCUGAAUCUCGUACUGGACUUGUCAUGUCCCAACGUCUUGGCCAAGAGACCUUGGUUUCAAUCGGAGGUCUUGGAACACAUCACGCCGAUCUCCGUGUUGGAAAGUCUGACCACUUCCUACGGGGAAGUAGUGCCCGACAUGGCGAAGUUGUCCAACGACAGUGAUGAUGGAGGUGACAGCGAUGGCGAUGAUGGGGAGGAGGCUCCGACUGCUCCUCCUGCUCCUCCUCCUGCUCCUCCACCAGCCUCUCCAACAUCGGCGCGGAAGAAGAACUCCAAGGAUUCCUCGCAGGCCAAACGGCUCACGGCCCGCUCUCCAGACGACGAAAGCCUCCUGAGUCCUUCAAAUGCCCGGAAGCGUGGAAGUCGUGCACGCUCGAUGGACAACAGGUUUGAACCACUCCGUGACUCUCGAGACUUCUCCAUUCCGAUCUCGUCCUUCGAGAGCCUAUGGCCUGAAGGAGAAGAGCGCAAAGUUGCCUCUCGUCCUUGUGGACCGGAGAAGCUGGAGAAGACUCUCGGCGAUGCCUCCAUUGUCUCUGUGUCCUUCGGAGGAGGAGUGACCCCACAGGGGCAUUUGGCGGUGCUGACCACACCCCAAUUCUGCGUCACAGGUGCGCCCGUGGAUCGCAGUUUGG